AUGGGAAAUCAGGCCAGGUCAGGGGCGACAGCAUUCUGUACACCGCGCGGGGGUUCGGUGAAGGAUUCUGCCCUCUGUUUCGCCGCUUCCAACUGCCUACUCAGGGCCCGCUCAAGCGAACUAAGCGUCCGCCUGGGCUCCUCAUGGAAGACGCAUGGUGGCGAGAUGUAUGACGUCAAAGAGUGCUUCGUGCACCCGCGCUACAUCAGCAAGACCAAGAUCAACGACGUGGGGUUGGUGCGGCUGUACUCGCCGCUCCGCUUCUCCGAGAAGGUGCUGCCGAUCAAGCUGGUAGCGAGGGAAGCGAGGCUGCUGGCUGAUGUGCCUGCUAUUGUUUCUGGAUGGGGCAAGUUGAAGGAGGGGGGUCCAAGCGCGACGUACCUCCAGUCGUCCACCAUCAAGACAGUAGCCAUGAAGCUGUGCAAGCACUCGGGGCUGGACCGCAAGGCCAUCGACCCUCCCUCCAUGUUCUGUGCCGGCUCCUUCACGCAGCCUUCGCCCGACGCUUGCCAGGGUGACAGCGGCGGGCCGAUAGUAAGCGACGGCGUGCUGAUCGGCGUGGUGUCUUGGGGCCUUGGCUGCGCGCGCGGGAACUUUCCCGGCGUUUAUACGCGUCUCUCGCACCACAUAAUCUGGGACUGGGUGCAUCAACACAUCACUAGGAAGCCCGACACAUGACGAAGGCUUUAUUGCAAUUGGGUAAUAUGCAUUUUCGAGAACGACAUAAUAUGUUUG